AUGGCCACUGCAAACGAUGACCCCGACCUGGGCGAGGGCCCAUCCGAGGACUCGGACAUCCUUCUGGAUGAAUGUGACUCAGAGAGUUUGUUUUCUGAUGACUCAGUGUUUCCCGAAUAUGAAAGGGAUGACGAGGGCAAAGAGCCUCCUAAAACACUGUAUGAGGCCUGUAGUAAGAAUGAUCCCACAUCCCUGCGUAGGAUCAUGGCAAGAGGAAUCACUAAAGAAGAGGCCAUGGAGCUGGACAUCAACGGCAAAAAUGGACUGAUGCUGGCUGUGAGCAAAGGAUUCGUAGACAUUGUCACCAUACUGCACACAUGUCCACUAAUAGACAUAAACCACCAAGACAAUGAUGGCAACACUGCUCUCAUGAUUGCUGCACAGGCAGGCUUCAUCACCAUUCUAAACUAUAUCCUUAACUACUACUCUGGUGUGGACACUGAGGUCAAGGAUCCUCGUGGCUUCACAGCCCUCAUCAAGGCAGGCCUGCAGGGCCGAGAAGAGUGUGUGUCGGCCCUACUAAUGCAUGGUGCAAAUAUGAAUGCAAGGGACCUGGUCCAAAGGAGAGGCCUAAGGGACUGGGUCCUUAGGACAGGAAGGUUUGAGACUCUGGUCAGACUACGCCGCCUGCAGGCUCAGCCUGUAGCUGAGCAGUUCUGUGAAAGCUACAUUCCUGAUUGGCCUGACUUGGAGCAACUGGUAGCGAAGGCCACUGCCUCCAAAACAGCUACUCAGAAGUUGAGACAGUGCUUAAAAGACAGACUUACUAUCAACUUCCCUCGGGACCCCCAAGAAAAUGGAGUCAUGGACCAUAUGGUGCGGAUGACCACAGGCAUCCACAGCCCCCUGAUAGCCACCGGUUGCCGUCCACUCUGUCCUACCAGCCCUCCAGAGAUUGGCAAGCGACGGUUUGCAGUUCCUGAACUACUUGAAAAGCACAGCAGCAAGGAGCUGGAGGAGAGCACAGUGUCCCACAGUAACGGCUCCAUCACCUCAGCUUCUCCCACUGCUGUGUCAGCCAAAUCCGUAUCUCUGACCUCCUACUACGAGGCAGAGCGCAGGGAAAACCUGCUGAGAGGCUUCCUUCCCCGCAGCCUGGCACACAGGAACAGCAUCUUCCCCUCUGGCUGUGUUCCUAAGAUUGAAGUGACAAAAUCUAGGGAGCCCACUCCAAAGAAAGAGAAAAAGAAGAAAAACCAAAAGGGCUACCUGGAGCCUCCUGUCUGGAAGUACAAGGCGGCCAGGGAGGAGAAAAAGAGAGAGAAGAAGCAAAAGGAAAAAGAAAACGAGGAAGAGAAUAAAAAUAAGGAGUCGAAAUGUUCAUCAAGCAAAAAAUGA